AUGCCAGCACCGCGUCGGCCCUUCCGUUUCGUCACAGCUGGGUCCAAGCCAAGGAAGCGCCGGAGAACCCGCAACGACGGGGGGACUAGAACGGUAGAGAGCCAAGCAGUGGAGUAUCGUGAUGAGGCUGUGACUGGAACGGAUGCCGAGAUACUUCCCGAAGGGGUAAGUGAGGAGGACACGUUUAGGACAGGAGAUGCCCAAUCUGGGGAAGAUCUGGCCAACCAUGAACCAGAGAUAUUCGACGGCAGGCUAUGGGAGGACUUCACUUUAAACGACUCCUUCGCGCCGAACAUCUUUGAGUCGGUACCACAUCUUGAUUUUGGUCUACAGGAGCCAUUGAUGACGGAUUCCCCGGGUCUCCCCUCCUUACUAGCCCAAUCGAACCCGUUUUCUGGCAUUGACGAAUUUAAUGAAUCAAUGCCUGCCGAAGACUCACCCCAAGACCAGCUCGUAAUCCAGACGCUGGGUUCCACACCUUUUGAGUCUAUCCAAAACCUCCGAUGUGAGGACCUUGAUCUCAAUAACUCGAGGUGUUCCAUUCCACAAGGCCCCUCUUUUCUUCCUAGAAAGUCCACAAUCUCUGAGCCAUCACCGCAGGACCAUGAUCUCCUUUUGGAUUUGUACGAUUCUGAGUUUUGUGUCUUGCCGUUGACGUCAGAUAUUUCAGUCAACCCAUUUCGCUGUCAGCGCCAGUUACCGCAGGGGUCGCACAUACUCUUCCAUUCCAUAUUGGCACUAUGUUGCCAGCACUUGAAACGCCUUACGGGCAGUUGGUCAGCUGAAGCAGAGGAACAUCGGCGCAAGGCUCUUCAGUUGCUUGAAGGGGUGCUGCAGAGCAAACAAGCCAACAAUCAAUUUCACCUGCUAGAGCCAAUACUUAUUCUUUUUACGCUUGAUUGCGCCCUGUCCGCUGCCGGAUCGUGGACGACCCACCUCAACCGUGCACAUUCGCUCCUUCAAGCGUGUGGUGGCCCCAGUGCUCUUACGACACCUCGAGUACGAUCCCAAGUUGGCAUGCUGCUCUGGUGGGAUGCGACUCUCGCUCUGAUAUCCCGACAAGGAACUGUCAUGCAUCGCUCAUACCUAGAAUUCCUCGUACGCUGGGAAAAGCAAGACGAAUGGUCAUUUUUCGACCUAACUGGCUGCCCUCGCGACCUAUUCGCCCAUCUCUUCUUCUUAACAGAGCUAGCCCGACAAAGUGAAAUUGCAAUGUCCAUGGAAUGGCUAUCCUUCAACGUCGCACCAGUAAUGGACAUAGAACAACAACUGAUACAGUGGUAUAACGAAGAAGGAUCAUUUUCAAGACAUAAGGAGCAAGAAAUGGAUGUUUCUGACACCGAUAUCGAAAAGCAGGACCACGAGCAACGAGACCGGUACCACUGUGCCGAAGCCUGGCGCUGCGCUCUACUUCUAUACAUCGAGCGCGUAUUCAAAAGUGACAGAAUCAAACGACAGCCAGCCAUUAACAGGCUGAGUCGCCGGACUCUAGACCAUAUUCGAUGCUGUCGACGAUCAUCUCAAACCCAGAAGCAGCUGCUUCUGCCGAUCUUCCUGGCGGGAAGUGAAACUUCGGAUGAGGAGAUGAGGGGGUUUGUUAAGGAUUACUGCUCGUAUUGGGGUGAUAAGAGCCGGUAUAAUAUGUUUCACUCUGUUCCGGCGCUGUUGGAUGAGAUAUGGGCUAAGAAGAAGUGGUGGGGUGCUGUCAUUGAUAGUAGGACGAAAUCGCCAACACCUGGCAUGGGAAAGGCUCCUGAGCAGUUGCUAUUUGGGUGA